AUGGAUGUCGUUCAGCAACUCGAACAGAAUGGCGCGAUCAAGUGCAUUGACAUGCACACCACUGGAGAGCCAACUCGCAUCAUCUACUCCGGCUUCCCUCACUUGACAGGAACUCUUCUCGAGCAGCGUGACCAAGCGAAGAGUCAAUAUGACAAUAUUCGAAAGCGUCUCAUGUUGGAGCCUCGCGGACACUAUGACAUGUACGGAGCGAUCAUCAUUCCAGAAACCGAACUGGUUCAUUCCGGAGAGGCGCAUAUUGGAACUUUGUUCACGCACAACAGUGGUUUCUCCACCAUGUGUGGACAUGCCACGAUUGCCCUCGGUCGGUUCUUGGUUGACACUCAUGAUCUCACGGUCUUUCCACGACGAAAUGAUUUGAAACCGGAUCUUGCUGCUCGCGAGGUCAAGGUCAACAUUCAUGCGCCAUGCGGCCUUGUGCGCGUUACAGUUCCUACAUCCGAGGAUGGUCAAAAGUCCGAUCCCUCUCGCCCUGUUAGAUUUCUGUCGACGCCAGCGUACUGCGCUGCUACGAACUUACAGGUGCCUAUCCCUGCUGAGGUGAGGUGGCCAGAGCUUGGUGACAAAGGGUCCAUCGAGCUCGAUAUUUCAUACGGUGGCGCAUUUUACGCGUUGGUCGAUAUACACGAGCUCGGAUUCUCGACUGGCUUGCGUAACUUCAACCUCGACUCUGUCACUCUCGCUGUGAAAAAGUUGAAGCGACAUCUCGAAACAGAUCCGCAAGUCCGCAAAGCUUUGCAGCAUCCCGAGGACGAGAGACUAUCAUUUUUAUAUUCCGUUAUGGUAGUUGAUCAUGAAAUUGGGUUCAGGCCUGGCGGUGUUGCAGGGGCAGAGACAGGUCUAUGCUACUUUGCCGGUGACCAGAUUGACCGAUCUCCCACGGGAUCAUGUGUCGCAGCACGAAUGGCAGUAGCUCAUGAAAAGAAAUUAAGAGUCAAGGGCGAAUCAUGGGCAUAUAACUCACUUGUUUCGAACCACUUCAACACUGGAGCUUUCACCGCAAAGAUUGUGGAUGAGGGUAUCCCAAUAGAAGGCCAGAAUAGCGAAACACGACAUGGUGUGGUGAUUAAUGUUCAGGGAAAUGCUUAUUAUACAGGUACCCUCUCCUUUGUUAUCGAGGAGAAUGACUUGAUAAGUGAGAGUGGGUUUGUUUUGCAGACUUGUACCCAGUGA